GAUUGAAUUCUAAGGAAAUACAUCAGAAAGAUCAGAGAGAAAAAUGUAUGUAACAAGACCAGUUUCUCUGUACACGAGGAACCCUGAGGCUCUUUCAGAUCCUCCAUUGGGACCAAAUUCAGGUUAUCUUGUAAUAUGGGAUCAACCCUCAUCUUACACUUGUUUGGGAUUAUGUGAAGACCCAGAAAUCAAGAAUCUUCCUUUUCCUCAGAACAAGAACUUAAUCAUCACAGACACAUACACCAGCCAUGCAGCUCAACAAAAUCACCCUCCCAACCAAACCAUCACAUACUGGGACAAGGUCUUGUUCAUCCCAGUAUUGAAUCAGCCACUAUCUUCAAACCGCUACUACGCCAUAAGAAGGGACGGGAAUUAUCAAGGUGAAGCAAGCACAAGUUCAAAGGAAGGAGAAAAAGCCACUUGUUUCUGUUUCCGCUUUGUCAAAGAUGUUGAACCAAGACCUUUGGUUCCCUCUGAUGAUUAUCAGAAGGUUGAAAUAAGCAAUAAGCAUAAUGGUUUUCAUGCAAAGUGUGUUGCCCCAGAUGGGAUUCCUCCAGACUUCUUGAGGAGUAAAGGUUGGCGUGUAAAGGCUAGCAGUCCCCGCAAUUACCAUUUGGAAGAAGCUUUAGGCUCCAAUGACUCUUUACGUUCAAAGCUUCCAGAUUUUAACUUCCCCUUGUGUAAUGAUAGUUCUGAAGCAGUGGUAGUUGGAAAGUGGUACUGCCCUUUUAUGUUUUUGAAGGAAAGAAUGAGAUUAAAGGAGCAGAUGGAAAGGUCCAUGUUCUAUGAGGUCACACUAGAGCAAAGAUGGGAAAAAAUAUUUUCAAAGAAAAUUGCAAGCAGUGAAGACAGUGUGCUUGUUGAUGUUGUUAUUCAGACAGAAGUUGUGAAGGUUGAAGGAAGGGAUGCUGUUUGGGAUGAGAGUGGGGUGGUUGAGAAGGUGUUGUGGUUUAAGAGUGUUGAUGAAGUCGGAAGAGAGAUGAGUGUUGGACUGAGUUUGGAAGUGGUGGAAAGAAUGAAAUGGGAGCAGAAAAGAGUUGGGUGGAAAGCAAGUAGUGGAAGGCAAGAGAGUGUGAUGAGAGUUGAGGAGUUUAGAGGAAUGAACAAGUGGGAGAAAUUCGGUUGCUAUAUGCUGGUAGAGAGUUUUGUUUUUAAGAGAAUGGAUGGAACUUUGGUGCUGACUUAUGAUUUCAGGCAUCCACAUCAAAUUAUGUGCAAAUGGGAAUGAGAGUUAUUACAAUCUAGUUAAUAUAUGCUUUGUUUGCCUUAUAUGUGUGCUUUGUAAACGCAAGAACAGUAGUUGUUAUAUCGAUACUUUGUGUGUAAUUUUACUUUUAAAAGCGAGUUUGGCCCUUUCAGUUAGGACAUAUAGCAGAAUGUAAGUUUUAUUUAGUAUGUAUAUGAAUACAUUGCUCCCGUGUAAAGUUAGCUUAAUUAUGAAUGAA